CACGACGGCCCCGCGCCGCGCAGCCUGGAGGAGAAGAUCCUGGAGGAAAACAUCCUGCUGCUCCGCCGACAGCUGAACUGCUUGAGGAGGAGAGACGCCGGUCUAUUGAACCAGUUACAAGAGCUAGAUAAACAGAUCAGCGAUCUAAGGCUGGAUGUGGAAAAGACAGCAGACGAACACCUUGAGACAGACAGUCGUCCGAGUUCAGGAUUUUAUGAGCUGAGCGAUGGGGCCUCUGGAUCACUUUCCAAUUCCUCCAACUCGGUCUUCAGUGAGUGUUUAUCCAGUUGUCAUUCUAGCACCUGCUUUUGCAGCCCCCUGGACGGCUCUUUGAAUCUCUCUGAUGGAUGCCCAAAAUCUGCAGAUCUCAUAGGUUGGAUGGAUUAUAAUAAGGAAGGCCCCCAAGAGGAUCAGGCUGUGUGUCGGUCUCUGUCCACACCUCACUCGAAUUCCCUUGAUGUGGUUGCAGAUGUACAUCCCAAGUAUCAGUGCGACUUGGUAUCUAAGAAUGGGAAUGAUGUGUACCGGUACCCCAGCCCCCUGCAUGCCGUCGCUGUUCAGAGUCCAAUGUUUCUUCUGCCAAUGACUGGCAUCCCCCAGAGAGAAGAGGAGAGACUUGGUUGCAACGGGAGUGACGUUUGCAUUGGAUCUGAAGCAGACUUGGCCAAAGCAGGCAAUUCCAUUGCCCCGCAGAGCUCAUGGUCAGCAUCCUGUCCUUCAGCCAGCAAGAGACUAGACGGCUACAUCCUGAGCCUCGUUCAGAAAAAGACGCACUCUGUACGGACUAACAAACCCAGGACAAGUCUCAACACCGAUCCUGUGAAAGGCAUCUUGAGACAUGGCAGCUUGUGCGUUAGGCAGGCUGCGGGGGUGGCGCACGCUAACGCAGGGAACCCGAAGAAUCCCAAGCAAGUGUGUUUGCAUGCUAGCGCAGCUCCUGCUCUGGAUACCAGCACGUUCUCCCCCGUAAAACAGCGGCCAAAAGAAUCAAAUGGGGAGCAGCUGGAGAGUAGGAAGAUGCCUUUGCCGGCCGCUUUCCCACCAAGCACAGUCAAUGAACUUCCAAGCAAACACCUGCUGCGCAACGUCAGACUGGCUUCUCAAGAGCCGAACCGGUGUCCUGUGCCUGCGACAGGGGAUGUCCCAAGGGAAAGUGGCCAACUCUUUGUUCUGUCCCCGAAGGAAAGCCCCGGUAGGCGUACGGGGCUACAGCAAGAGAAUAAAGUGAUUCAGCCACCUAAAAAAGUCCUGCUGAAGAACAGCAUGCAGGUGGCUCACGCUGGUGCCACUCCUCCCGUUGAGGAGAGACCUGCUUUGGAUUUCAAGAGUGAGGGCUCUUCCUCCCAGAGCUUGGACGAAGGGUUGCUGGUGAACGCUCAGUACGUCCCAGCGCAGCAGCAAAGCAUUAAGCUUCACAGAGGCACCAAAAGUGUCCGGAUUCUGAAAAGUUCAACCUUGAAACACAGGCCCCACCUUGCCAACGUGCUGGAAAACAGCUCCCAGACCGUGCGGGAGAAAACCAAGCUCGUUGGCAAAAAGUGUCGCUUCCCAGAUGACUUGGAUACAAAUAAGAAACUCAAAAAGCCCUCGUCAAGAGGGAAGAAAAGCAGCGGCUUGCAGCCAGAGUCCAGUCUCCCAAGCAGGCAGUCUGGCCUACAUAAAUCCGUGGUCAAAUCUCACGGCCACAGCAGGGAGGUAAUCGUGGCCAAACCUAAACACAAGCGGGGAGACUAUCGCCGGUGGAAGUCAUCAGCAGAGAUUUCCUACGAGGAAGCCCUGAGGAGGGCAAGGAGGAACAGGAGAGAAGUGGCGGGGCUCUAUUCCCAAGUGUCCCACACGUACGUCAGCCCCUACGCUUACGUUGCUAGUGACUCCGAGUACUCGGCCGAAUGUGAAUCCCUCUUCCACUCCACGGUGGUGGACACAAGUGAAGACGAGCAGAGUAACUACACCACGAACUGCUUUGGGGACAGCGAGUCGAGCUUGAGUGAGGUGGAGUUCGUUGGGGAGAGCACCACCACCAGCGACUCAGAUGAAAGUGGGGGUCUUAUUUGGUCCCAGUUUGUCCAGACUCUUCCUAUCCAGUCAGUCACUGCUCCGGAGCUGCACGAAAAUGCAGCCAAGGCUUUUGUCAAAAUCAAAGCCUCCCAUAACCUCAAAAAGAAAAUCCUUCGCUUUCGAUCGGGCUCGCUCAAACUGAUGACAACCGUCUGAUGACGUGACUUGCCUGGCUCAUGUCCGUUUCUGCUCAAAGAAACACGGUGCUUUUUUGUGUACAUAUUUUCAUAGAGUUUUAAAAUUCAAAUAUUUAAAUUGAAUAAAUGGAGGUAAAUUAUGUGACUUGUCUGCAGAAGUUGGGUGGAUACCAGUGCCUUUUAUGUGGAAAUGAAGACCAUUGUACUAGCCACAAACAACACUUCCGUUUCAGUGGUAACGUAGCGUUGGCAGGCUUUGAGAAAUAUUCAUGUUUCUAAGAAGGGAUUUUCCUUGCCUGGUCUUUCCAGCUCUGGGGCUUAUACAGGAUGAGGUCGUGAUUGAGGGGAGGGGAGGUUGUCUCAGUGGUUUUUUGCUAGUCCCUUAAUUUUCUGCUGCUACUGUCCUUCCUAAUAAUUUGCCCCAGUUUCCUCUCCCAAGGAAGGGCUCUCCCUUCAUCUCCCAGCCAGACAUGGAGUGGCCUUCUCUACCAUGCACUCUGCCCCUAACACCUACAAAGUGGGAUGUGGGAGUCCCCCGUUUUAGACCGAACCCUCGGGCCAGCUGUGGAAGGCUUAGUAAUUCUUCGAUAUACUGUGUAAGACUGCUUUUUAAAAACAUAUGCAUGCCAGAUGCAUGAGUAUCAAUAGUUUUAAUAUUCCUGUUGAUGUCAAAUUACUGUACAUCAUAAAUGGCUGUUUUAUAUAUCAUCAUGUAAAUUAAUAUAACACAUCAUAUGUUGUAAUAAACAGUCUGUUUUAAUACUC